GCUUGCUUGUUUUACUGUAGUAUCUUGCGUUUUGGACUGACCACUCCACAGUCACGAACGGUGGUUUUUGCCCGCUACCCGUUGUCCAAAACACUGGUCAGCCUUGACCCAAUAGCCCCACAACCUCGCCGAUCGCCAGCGGCUGUCAGCUCUCCAGCAGUACAGAGUAGCGUAGCAUUCCCCAAACCCCCAAACCCCCAAACUGCAUUCGGAAAAUCGACCCCCUUACGAUAGAGAUAGAUAGCAGAAGGGCAUACGGCGCAGCUUGCAGCACUUGCCAUUGCUAGGUUUAUUCUGUUGUCGCAGAUCUGGCAGUCUUGUUGUAGUCUUCGGCAAUCGGCGCCCCUGCUCAGCUCAACGAGGACCUCAUCUCUUACAUCCAUCAAUCGCCAAAUCCCCUUUCAUUCAGCACUAUCAAGAUGGUGCUGCUCUCAGAAUCUUCGUCAGAGAUAAGCUCUCUGUCGUCCGACUCGCCAGAGCCAGAAAACGAGUACGACUCCCCGGCCGUCGAUGAGCCCGCUCUGCCCCCCUCCAAGCGCCAGAAGAUUCGUGAUGACUCGCGCGCCUCGUCCUCAGUACAUGUCGACCCGGAGCCAGCAGAAACGGAACACGACCUGGAGCUAGACGGCGACAUCUCUACCGACACGUCAGGCGACGUGCCCAACUCGCCCAUCAACGCCAAGCUCGACGAGGAGGAGGCACAGGAGCAGGUGACGGUUUGCGCCUGGGACGGCUGCGACGCUGGCGACCAGGGCAAUAUGGACAGGCUCGUCGACCACAUCCACGCCGACCACAUCGAGAGCCGGCAGAAGAAGUACACAUGCGAGUGGAUUGGCUGUACGCGGAAGAGCAUGCCGCAUGCCAGCGGCUAUGCCUUGAAGGCGCAUAUGCGCAGUCACACCCGCGAGAAGCCUUUUUAUUGUUACUUGCCUGAAUGUGACCGCGCCUUUACGAGAUCAGACGCGCUAGCCAAGCACAUGCGGACAGUCCACGAGACGGAGGCCCUUCGGCCCAGCGACCCGGUACCCAAAUCACUGCAGCACGAACGGGCUGACAAGGCCAAGCAGAACAGCAGACUCAAGAUCGUGCUCAAGAAGCCCGAGUCGCACCAGGACGAUUCCAUGGACGACGGUGCCGAAGGCGAGGAGCUCAGCGCAGACUUCUUCACACAGCUCACAGAACAGCACGGCUUCUCAGGCAAGGAGCUCCAGAUCGGUCAGGCGGACAUUGAGUCGCUAUGGCGACUAUGCGUCGCAAAUGCAAAAUGGGCCGGUGAAGAGGGCACCACCUUGCGUGAGCAGUGCAAGGAGCUGGAGGAGCUCUACCGACAGGAGUGGCUGGAGAAAGAGGUCUUGCUCGAACAAAUAGAGAGUGUCGAGAUCGACUGGUGGACCCGGCGCCAUGCAGUCCUCAGCGGCGCCGCAGACAUUCAGGUUAGCACUGCCGCAAAGCCCAGGGCCUCCGUACCUCGCGAUGGUGAUCCUGACGAAACCGACCCGGAGGACAACGAUGUCGGCACCGAAACUGACUUGGCCAAGAGCACCGAAGUCGUUGCCGCGGACUAAGAAUGUACCACCAGCCGGCGCGUAGCAGGAUUGAAGAGUCAUUUAUUCCUUCAUCAAUAGGCAAAAGAGGAUGGCCGCGUCUGAUUCUGUAGCGAGGCACUUGCGUGUACUUCAGUAAAUGAGCGUCUAAUCGGAACUCAAUGUCGCCAGGGAGUUUGAAUUCAGGGGGCACAAGGCGUUUAGGGGAGGUUGGGCACGACCUCGAGUAAAUUAGAUACCAAAAGCCAUGCUACAACAUCAAGUAGCAAUAUUGCACGGGGCAGUCGUUCGGCCCCAGAGCUCAAACAAGUCAUAUAUAAUAGG